CGGGGAGCGGGUGAGUUUGCAGGUGUUUUCUCCUGGUCCUCCGCUGGUCUUCGCUGUACCAGUCCACUUUUCUGAGUACCUGAGUGGAAGGUAGCUCAGGCCUCUGGUCAGGAGGGAACCAGGCUUAGGAGCCAGGCCUAUAGAGACAAGGGUUUUUGUUUAAACCCAGAUUCUGCAGAAUUGAAUAGGGUAGGGGUGAGGGAAGGACUCCCCCUUUGGUUUUGCCCCCACCCCAACCUUGGUUCCAGCAAUCCCAGCCGCCACAUCCUGGGACUGUCUCUAGUUACAGUCUGAAGACAGGAGAGAGGUGGGAGAACUGGCUGGGAAAUGGCCUGCAACCUGGGCAGAGAAUGGAUGGGGAUAGACUCUUUAGUUGCUUCUUCGUAGAUACAGAAACACUCAUGGGGAGACACUGGUAGGGGACAGGCCUGGGUCUCCCACAAACUCUGAGCUGGCCUGCUUGUUGGAUUAGUGCCACGUAAUUCUUGUGGGAUUUUUAAUUUUAUUUUUUGCACUUGGCCAGGUUGAGGUUAGGUGAAACUUGUAGGCUACUGUUGCCACAAGAAAAUGGAAAGGGUGAGGAGUUUAAGUUAGGGGAUGGAAUGGGGUGAGGAGCUUGGAGCAGAAAUGAUGGGUGAGGGGUGAGGGAGCCUGGCUUUUCCCCGCUGUGGCAGCUGUGCUGGAGAAGUGUGUAUGUAUCCUGGGAGUUUUAGCCUUGAGAGAGCAAGAUGGGGAGGGGUGGAGAAGGAAGGGCUGGCUAGGGGAGGGCCAGACACUCUGGGGAAGGUAGUGAGCGAGCAGCAGGUGUUUGUGAUAGGAGAGGCCUAGGCUGGGGCCCUUGUGACCAGGCUGCCAUUACCAUUUUCCCCUCUGUCUCUUCUCUUUGUCUCUUUCUGUUCCUAUGUCUUAUUUUUUCCAUCUUGGUCUCGGGUAAUUUCCUUGAGUCCUUUUCUCCCUGCUGACCAAGCUAGAUCUCCAGGUGCCAGUGAUGGCCCAGGUGCCCUAGACUUGAUCCUGCAUGACCCCUGACUCUUGCCUCCGACCCCAGCCCUAGAGUUCCAGUGCUUAUUCCUUUCCAGCUCCUCCUUGACCUGACAUGUCCUUGCUUGGUUCAUCUGGAAUAGUAAAUCGUAUUCUCAGUGUGAUUCUUACAUUAGCAAUUUCGUAUCAUGCUCAGAAUAACCCUAUGAUAUAUAGAUCACUUGUGCUCUCUGUCUUGUCUUUUUUUUUUUUUUUUUUUUUUUGAGACAGGGUAUCACUCUGUCACCCAGGUUGGAGUGCAGUGGCAUGAUCAUGGCGCAUCACAGCCUCGACCUCCCGGGCUCAGGGGAUCCUCCCAUGUCAGCUGGGAGGCAUAGCUGGGACUACAGGCACAUGCCAUCAUGCCUGGGGAGUUUCGCCAUGUUGCCCAGGGUGGUCUUGAACUCCUGGGCCCAAGUGAUUGGCCUCCCAAAGUGCUGGGAUUACAGAUGUGAGCCACCACACCCGGCCAUUUGUGUCCUCUUUCAAACAGCAAAAGUCUGGGACCUGCCGAUAUGGGGGAUAUGAAGACCCCUGAUUUUGAUGACCUCCUUGCUGCCUUUGAUAUCCCUGACAUUGAUGCGAAUGAAGCCAUCCAUUCUGGGCCAGAAGAAAAUGAGGGGCCAGGAGGCCCAGGGAAGCCAGAACCAGGUGUGGGAAGUGAAUCUGGAGACACAGCAGCAGCCUCUGCUGGGGAUGGCCCUGGAGUUCCAGCCCAGGCCUCUGACCAUGGCCUGCCACCGCCAGACAUUUCUGUAGUCAGUGUCAUUGUCAAGAACACUGUGUGUCCCGAGCAGUCUGAGGCCCUGGCUGGAGGCUCAGCAGGAGAUGGGGCCCGGGCUGCUGGGGUAACUAAGGAAGGGCCUGUGGGGCCUCAUCGAAUGCAGAAUGGUUUUGGGAGCCCUGAACCUUCCCUCCCAGGAACUCCCCACUCUCCUGAUCCUCCCAGUGGGGGCACCUGGAAAGAAAAAGGCAUGGAAGGCAAAACUCCCUUGGACCUGUUUGCUCAUUUUGGCCCUGAGCCAGGGGACCACCCGGAUCCCCUGCCUCCCUCUGCACCCUCUCCCCCUCAGGAGGGGGCUAUGACCCCGCCUCCUUUCCCCUCUUCCUUUGAGCUAGCCCAGGAGAAUGGCCCAGGCAUGCAGCCACCUGUUUCUUCCCCACCAUUGGGGGCCUUGAAGCAGGAGAGCUGCAGCCCCCAUCAUGCCCAGGUCCUAGCCCAACAAGGCUCAGGCUCCAGCCCUGAGGCCACGGACAUCCCUGCCAGUGCCUCGCCUCCCCCAGUUGCUGGGGUGCCCUUCUUCAAACAGUCUCCAGGGCACCAGAGCCCUCUUGCCUCCCCCAGAGUGCCCGUCUGUCAGCCCUUGAAGGAAGAAGAAGAAGAUGAGGGGCCAGUGGACAAGUCUUCCCCAGGAAGUCCCCAGAGUCCCUCUAGUGGGGCCGAGGCUGCAGAUGAGGACAGCAAUGACUCCCCUGCCUCCAGCUCCUCUAGGCCUCUUAAGGUGCGGAUCAAGACCAUUAAAACAUCCUGCGGGAAUAUCACAAGGACUGUAACUCGGGUCCCCUCAGAUCCUGAUCCACCUGCCCCCUUGGCUGAGGGAGCCUUCUUGGCUGAGGCUAGCCUCUUGAAGCUGUCCCCUGCAACACCUACUUCUGAGGGUCCAAAGGUGGUGAGCGUACAGUUGGGUGAUGGUACAAGGCUGAAAGGCACUGUGCUGCCUGUGGCCACCAUCCAGAACGCCAGUACGGCCAUGCUGAUGGCAGCCAGUGUGGCCCGCAAGGCUGUGGUGCUGCCUGGGGGGACUGCCACCAGCCCUAAGAUGAUUGCUAAGAAUGUGCUAGGCCUGGUGCCCCAAGCCCUGCCUAAGGCUGACGGGCGGGCAGGGCUGGGGACUGGGGGACAGAAGGUGAAUGGUGCCUCAGUGGUGAUGGUGCAACCUUCAAAGACAGCUACUGGGCCAAGUACAGGGGGCAGCACAGUGAUAUCACGGACCCAGUCCAGCCUGGUGGAAGCCUUCAACAAGAUCCUCAACAGCAAGAACCUGCUCCCUGCCUAUAGGCCAAACCUGAGCCCACCAGCUGAGGCUGGGCUGGCCCUGCCUCCCACCGGCUACCGCUGCCUGGAGUGUGGGGAUGCCUUCUCAUUGGAGAAGAGCCUGGCACGGCACUAUGACCGCCGGAGCAUGCGCAUCGAGGUCACCUGCAACCACUGCGCCCGCCGCCUGGUCUUCUUCAACAAGUGCAGCCUGCUCCUGCAUGCACGUGAACACAAGGACAAGGGGCUCGUCAUGCAGUGCUCACAUUUGGUCAUGAGGCCUGUAGCCCUUGACCAGAUGGUGGGACAGCCGGACAUCACACCCCUGCUCCCUGUAGCUGUCCCACCUGUCUCUGGACCUCUGGCCUUGCCUGCCUUGGGCAAGGGUGAGGGGGCCAUUACCUCCUCUGCCAUUACUACAGUUGCUGCUGAGGCCCCUGUCCUGCCGCUCUCUACAGAGCUGCCUGCUGCCCCUGCCACGUCUGCUUACACGUGCUUUCGCUGCCUGGAGUGCAAGGAACAGUGCCGGGACAAGGCUGGCAUGGCAGCUCACUUCCAGCAGCUCGGCCCCCCUGCCCCUGGGGCCACCAGCAAUGUGUGCCCAACCUGCCCCAUGAUGCUCCCCAAUCGCUGCAGCUUCAGUGCCCACCAGCGCAUGCAUAAGAAUCGACCCCCCCACGUCUGUCCUGAGUGUGGGGGCAACUUCCUGCAAGCCAAUUUUCAGACCCAUCUCCGGGAGGCCUGUCUGCACGUCUCUCGCCGUGUAGGAUACAGGUGCCCCAGCUGUUCAGUGGUGUUUGGGGGUGUGAACUCCAUCAAGUCCCACAUCCAGACGUCGCACUGCGAGGUUUUCCACAAGUGCCCCAUCUGCCCCAUGGCCUUCAAGUCUGGGCCAAGUGCCCAUGCCCACCUGUACUCCCAGCAUCCCAGCUUCCAAACUCAGCAGGCCAAGCAGAUCUACAAGUGCGCCAUGUGCGACACAGUCUUCACUCACAAACCCCUCCUCUCCUCACACUUCGACCAGCACUUGCUGCCCCAGCGUGUCAGUGUCUUUAAGUGCCCGUCUUGUCCUCUGCUCUUUGCCCAAAAAAGGACCAUGCUGGAACAUCUCAAGAAUACCCAUCAGUCUGGGCGCUUGGAGGAGACUGCUGGGAAAGGGGCCGGGGGUGCCCUGCUGACCCCCAAGACUGAGCCUGAGGAGCUGGCUGUUUCUCAGGGAGGGGCAGCCCCUGCUACUGAGGAGUCAUCUUCAUCUUCAGAAGAGGAGGAAGUACCCAGCUCCCCUGAGCCCCCCCGUCCAGCCAAACGGCCUCGGCGGGAACUAGGGAGCAAAGGCCUCAAGGGUGGGGGGCCUGGAGGCUGGACCUGUGGCCUGUGUCACUCCUGGUUCCCUGAGCGUGACGAAUACGUGGCCCACAUGAAGAAGGAGCAUGGCAAGUCAGUGAAAAAGUUUCCCUGUCGCCUGUGUGAACGCUCCUUCUGCUCCGCCCCCAGCCUGAGGCGCCAUGUCAGAGUUAAUCACGAGGGCAUCAAGCGAGUUUACCCCUGCAGGUAUUGCACAGAGGGAAAACGCACCUUCAGCAGCCGUCUGAUCCUAGAGAAACACGUCCAGGUCCGGCACGGCUUGCAGCUUGGGGCCCAGUCCCCUGGCCGGGGGACCACCUUGGCUCGGGGUUCCAGUGCCAGAGCCCAGGGGCCAGGUCGGAAACGCCGCCAGUCUUCUGACUCUUGCAGUGAGGAGCCUGACAGCACGACACCACCAGCCAAGUCCCCCAGGGGCGGACCUGGAUCUGGAGGCCAUGGCCCCCUGCGCUACCGGAGCAGCGGCUCCACAGAACAGAGCCUCGUGGUGGGGUUGAGGGUGGAGGAUGGUGCCCAGCAGUGCCUCGACUGUGGCUUGUGCUUUGCCUCCCCUGGCUCCCUGAGCCGGCACCGUUUCAUCAGCCACAAGAAGAGACGGGGUGUGGGUAAAGCCAGUGCCCUGGGGCUGGGGGAUGGGCAGGAAGAGGCCCCUCCAUCAAGGUCUGACCCCGAUGGUGGAGACUCACCCCUGCCUGCUUCUGGCGGCCCACUGACCUGUAAGGUCUGUGGCAAGAGCUGCGACAGCCCUCUCAACCUCAAGACCCACUUCCGCACGCAUGGCAUGGCGUUCAUCAGGGCUCGGCAGGGGGCUGUUGGGGACAACUAGUCUCCAAGCCUGGGACUGACCAGCCCCUUCCUCUUGGAGCCUGGUUUGCCCUGCUGCUGCCUGAUCCCUGGGCUGGGAAGUUUCAUUAACAUUAACAUUUUGUUAAUUCCUGUCUCUCCAACCUGAAGAAGAAGAGCAUUUGAGGAUUAUCCUAGUUAUUUGCAACCUCCCUUUGGGUUUGGCCCGGGAGUCCUAGUAGAGUGGACCCUCCAUUCCUCCUUUCUGAGCCCAACACUAAUUAUUAAUGUUAUGCUCCUGCUGCAGAACCCCCAGUGUGGGCCUGGGGGUGGGAGGAUGGGACUUUUAGGUAUGCCUGCUAGACAGGUUCAGGGAAGGACUGAUGGGGGUGUCAAUGGAUGGACACACCCCUCCACAAUUCCUUCAGGCAUGGACUGGAACUUUCCUCCUCUGGACCAGGCCCUGCCCUAGUGACCCCCCCCAACCCCAACUCACUGGCACUCAAGCCCCCUACCCCUGCAGUGCCUUUCACUUCUUUUUUUCCCCAGAAAUCGGCGGGGGGGGGGGGUUGGUGGGGAUGAGUCUUAUCAAGGGGGCCACAGGAGAGGAGGGUACAGGCUCUCAGGAAUCCUUUAUUCUUGUAGUAAUAAUAAUACUAACAAACAGUGGGGGAACUAGGGAGAAAACCAGACCAUUAAAACUGUUUGUGGUCGAAUCUCCA